CAAGCACAACCCACAUAAACUCAAACCCAUAAGCUCUCCCCUUGUACCAUUUUUGCCUAUUUUCUUAUCCCACCCUUUUCUUCCUCAUUUCCUCCCAAACCCUUAACCUACAACUUAUCUUCAUACAAGAGAUACACAGAUCCCAACUCACAUGAAGAGUACUAGAGAGAAGAAAUAUGGGUUGAUUUGAUUGAGUUUUUUCAGCUGAAAAUUUGGUGGCAGAUGCUUCAAACCCCUUUUCUUCCACUUUCUUGUUGAAACCUGCAGUUAUUCAAUCCUCAGAAGACCUUUUCUUUCUCGAUCAAAAUCCUGUCGGUUAUCUUGUGUGUGUUUAGCAAACUGUUUACGAAGUAGUGUUUGAACUCGGAAGGGAAGAAGAAUGAAAUGGAUCCAGUAACAGCUCAUGGACGCCCUCUUCCUCCUUUCCUCAUGCGAGAUCUUCAUCUAAAUCCGCACCAGCAAUUUGAACAGCACCACCACCAACAGCAACAACAUCAAAACCCCGAGGAUGAACAAAACCGUGGCCAGAAACGGGAUCGAGAAGAAACGGCCACCACUACCGACACGAGCGAAGGCAAAGAACUAGCUGUAGUCCCGGGAACAGAAGGUGAAAUCUCGAGAAGACCACGAGGCAGGCCAGCGGGUUCCAAGAACAAGCCUAAGUCACCUAUCUUCAUAACCCGGGAUAGCGCCAAUGCCCUCCGAUCCCACGUUAUGGAAAUUGCCACCGGCUGUGAUAUUAUGGAGAGUGUUUCGACUUUCGCUAGGCGAAGACAAAGAGGGGUUUAUAUUUUGAGUGGAAGCGGAACUGUAAUGAGUGUAACCUUAAGGCAACCCGGAGCUCCCGGAGCGGUCGUCAAUUUACAGGGAAGAUUUGAAAUUUUAUCAAUAUCCGGGUCAUUCUUACCUCCUCCGGCACCACCGGCUGCAUCAGCGCUGACAAUAUACUUAGCCGGCGGUAGAGGUCAGGUAGUUGGGGGAGCCGUGAUGGGUCAACUCGUUGCUUCAGGCCCCGUGGUGAUUAUGGUAACUUCUUUCGGUAAUGCAGCGUACGAAAGGCUUCCGUUGGAAGAAGAAGAAACGCCAGCCGCGCCAGUUCCUGGAAGUGGACCCUUAGGGUCACCCGGAAGCAUGGUUAGUCAGCCGCAACAGCAGCCACAACAACAACUACUGCAAGAUCCCAAUGGAUAUUUUCCUCAAGGGUUGCCACCAAAUCUUCUAAAUUCAGUCCAUUUGCUAAACGAGGGCACAGGUCGUCCUCCUUAUUAAUAAAACAAAAACUUUCUGUCCCCCCCCCCCUCCUUCUCUUGUUAGUUUGACCUUUUGAUAACCUUUUUCAUUCUUCUUCUUCUAUAAGAUAGUUGGUGUUUUAAUUUAAGUAUAUUGGAUAUGGUAUUCACCUGGCUUUGAUUUGAAGGAGGAUGUACAAAUCACAUGGAUUUCACUGUGAUGGGUGUUUAUUAUUAUUCUCAGUAGUAUUUUAUA